CCAGCCCCGCUGUUGCAGAAUCCAGGGGUGCAUCCCCCUUUCCCGAUUCUUGACGUCAAGCCCCGACCGCCGCGAAGCCCGGCAAGGGCGGUGGAGCGCGGAGGAAGGGUGGCAGCGAGGAGAAGCCAUUGCAGCAACAGCUUGGAGGAGGGAGCUGGACAUCUCCGCCGAGAAACACAGGGGGCGGGAGCCCGAGGAGCGGAGCAGAGGACCUGCCCGCUCCGGGAGCCGCUGGGUUGCUGCAAAGAGGGGCGGGGAGAGGCGGGGGCGCCGCCUGCACCGAGCUGGCUCCAGCGGUGCCCGCGGGGAAUGUGACAUCAGCAGCGCCGGGCGCUUGUGGCUGCAGGAGGCAUCUCGCCUCGGCUGCGCUGUGCACACCUCGCCCCGGGGAGGACGCAGACCCGGGCAGGCGGCAGGGAUGUCGGCGAAGGAGAGGCCAAAGGGCAAAGUGAUCAAGGACAGCGUGACCCUCCUGCCCUGCUUUUAUUUCGUGGAGUUGCCGAUAUUGGCAUCAUCGGUGGUUAGCCUGUAUUUCCUUGAACUCACGGAUGUCUUCAAACCUGUGCACUCUGGAUUCAGCUGCUAUGACCGGAGUCUUAGCAUGCCGUACAUCGAACCCACCCAGGAGGCAAUUCCAUUCCUCAUGCUGCUUAGCUUGGCUUUUGCCGGACCUGCAAUUACGAUUAUGGUAGGGGAAGGAAUUCUCUACUGUUGCCUGUCCAAGAGAAGGAAUGGGGUUGGACUGGAGCCCAACAUUAACGCCGGAGGCUGCAACUUCAACUCUUUCCUUAGAAGAGCCGUCAGAUUCGUUGGCGUCCACGUCUUCGGGCUCUGCUCCACCGCGCUCAUCACCGACAUCAUACAGCUGUCCACGGGGUACCAGGCGCCCUACUUCCUGACGGUGUGCAAGCCGAACUACACCUCUCUGAACGUGUCUUGCAAAGAGAAUUCCUACAUUGUGGAGGACAUCUGCUCAGGGUCUGACCUCACAGUCAUCAACAGCGGCAGAAAAUCAUUCCCUUCUCAACAUGCAACUCUUGCUGCCUUUGCAGCUGUGUACGUUUCGAUGUACUUCAACUCCACACUAACGGAUUCCUCUAAGCUUCUGAAACCUCUCCUGGUCUUCACCUUUAUCAUCUGUGGAAUCAUCUGCGGGCUGACGCGGAUAACCCAGUACAAGAACCACCCCGUUGACGUCUACUGUGGCUUUUUAAUAGGAGGAGGAAUUGCUCUGUACUUGGGCCUGUAUGCUGUGGGGAAUUUUCUGCCUAGUGAAGAGAGUGUAUUUCAGCACAGAGAAGCCCUCAGGUCUCUGACAGACCUCAACCAAGACCCCAGCCGGGUUUCAUCUGCUAAGAACGGUAGCAGCAGUGACGGAAUUGCUCACACAGAAGGCAUCCUCAACCGAAACCACAGAGAUGCCAGCUCGCUGACAAACCUCAAAAGGGCCAACGCUGACGUGGAAAUCAUCACGCCGCGGAGCCCCAUGGGGAAGGAGAACAUGGUCACCUUCAGCAACACCUUGCCUCGGGCCAACACCCCAUCCGUGGAAGACCCCGUCCGAAGGAACGCCACCAUCCACGCCUCUAUGGACUCCGCUCGGUCCAAGCAGCUCCUCACCCAGUGGAAGAGUAAGAAUGAAAGCCGCAAGUUGUCCCUGCAGGUUAUAGAGACCGAGCCCGGACAGUCACCACCCAGAUCCAUAGAAAUGAGGUCGAGCUCAGAGCCAUCGAGGGUGGGGGUCAACGGAGACCACCACGGUCCCGGCAAUCAGUACCUCAAGAUCCAGCCUGGCGCCGUCCCUGGCUGCAACAACAGCAUGCCUGGGGCGCCAAGGGUGUCCAUUCAGCCCCGCCCCGGGUCCUCACAGUUAGUGCACAUCCCCGAGGAGACGCAGGAAAACAUAAGCACCUCCCCGAAAAGCAGCUCCGCCCGGGCCAAGUGGCUGAAGGCGGCGGAGAAGACGGUGGCCUGCAGCAGGAGCAACAGCCAGCCUCGGAUCAUGCAGGUCAUAGCCAUGUCCAAGCAGCAGGGCGUCCUGCAGAGCAGCCCCAAGAACACCGAAGGCAGCACGGUCUCCUGCACCGGCUCCAUCCGCUACAAAACCCUGACGGACCACGAGCCCAGCGGGAUUGUGCGGGUCGAGGCUCACCCGGAGAACAACAGGCCCAUCAUUCAGAUCCCGUCCACCGAGGGCGAGGGCAGCGGCUCCUGGAAGUGGAAGGCCCCUGAGAAGGGCAGCCUUCGCCAGACUUACGAGCUCAACGACCUCAACAGGGACUCAGAGAGCUGCGAGUCCCUGAAAGACAGUUUCGGGUCUGGAGACCGCAAGAGAAGCAACAUCGAUAACAACGAGCACCACCACCACGGGAUCGCCACCAUCCGCGUCACCCCGGUGGAGGGCAGCGAGAUUGCGUCAGAGACCCUGUCCGUUUCUUCUUCCCGCGACUCCACCCUGCGGAGAAAGGGCAACAUCAUCCUAAUCCCCGAGAGAAGCAACAGCCCCGAAAGCACGAGAAACAUCUUCUACAAAGGAACCUCCCCGACGCGGGCUUACAAGGAUUGAGUGAUGGCCACCCAGUCACCUGGGCAGCCCCAGAGGACCACGUGCCGAUUCUACCAGUGCUCUGUCCCCGCGCUUCAGGAAGCCUUCCCAUCACACUGGACUAUCCACCAUCAGCCCGGAACUCAGUGACUCUUGAGGACUGCCGCACUCAAGCUGGUAGGUUGCACAUCGAGGGGAGGGAAAAGCACAAGCAAGAGCCUAACCAACGUGAUCAUGGGAGGGCUCUUCUUAAGACCGACCUUCAAACUCAAAAGGUGUGCAGAGGGCAGGAUCAAGAGAAAGCGGUUUCCUUCAGUGUAUACUAUCCUACUUCCUGAAUGUGCCAACUUGAGGGGUCUUUCUUUACAAUUAGCUGUGGGAAUCCGGAACACACGUCUUUCCCUACAGCAGAGGCCAUGCAGUAUUAUAUAUUUCAUUUUGCAGAAUCUGCACCAAAAGCUCCAUAUGGGUGGUGCUGAUUAUUAUAGUAAAUAUACCAUGUAAACUUUCAAAGUCUACUUAGCUGUGAAAUAGUGGUGUGCAAUUCCUCGUCAAAGAAAUGCUCCUGUAUUAAGAAGACGCUGGCUUCUUUGUGUUAGAAUAGGACACCCCGCAGCUUCUCUGUAGUGGCUCUGUCACAGUCAAAAGAUGAAAAGGUUUUGUGCAUUUCUUCAAAAUUAUGCUUUUUGAAGGAAAAAAAAAUUGUAGAAGUAUUUUCAGUAGAAGAGAAUAACCAGUACUUUUCUUCAUAGCUUUUUGCUGCUUACUUUUUAUUUAUGGUUCCUGCUCAUGAAGAAUCUGUUUUUAGUAAGUAAAUUUGCAUAAUUAAAAAUAUAUUGUUUUAGAGUCUUUUGAAAUCAUUGUGAUAAUAUUUUGCAUUUUAUGGCUUCUCCUUUAUUUAUUGAUUUUUUUGAGGUUAUAGAUAUGUUCUAUUUUUAAAGCAAAAGUAACAGUUGAUAUUCCUAGAGCAAAAUAUACUGCUGUGAAUUUUUGAAUAAGAAAUAUGAGCCAAAACUUGACAUCGUGGGUUCCAGUGCUAGCAAUGUUGGUCAAGUCUACGCUUAGAUGUUUCCAGCCAGCUGGCAUAGGUUGCUAUCUUAAUAAGUAAUCCAAAAGUUUCAUUUUCUUCCAGAUUACUAACUUUUUUGAUAACCUGAUAACCAGUAAAUUAGAGCCACACUAGGUGUGUUUUACCUUCUUCUCUAAAAUAUUUUUGUUAAUUGGACACCAACAGGAAGAAUUUGGAAAAAAAAUGCAAACUGGUAAGUGAAAGUAUCUCACAGUAUAAAUUAAGACUGUAUUUCUUCAAAAUAUCUAAAUAGGCACAAUUUUUGUGCUUAACAUGCAAACAACAGUUUUUGCUACCUAUCCUGAAUGAAGCCUUCAGCCUAAAUCAAAGGAAACCAGUAUUAUCAAUAAAAAAAAACAUUUUAAGCCAUUUUCCAACUUAAAAUUUUAUUUUAAGUAUGAAGACAUAUUCGGUUCCUUUAAUUUAGUAUUAAACCUUUUUACACCAUUACUUAAGAAUUCUAACAUACACUUGAUGAUUGCCAAGGGGAUAAAAGGUAACAACAAAGCUGGUUGAUCCAAUCUCAAUUUAGUUUUCAGUGGAAACAGAAGUGGUUGUUUAGAGAUGGAUAGUACCACAUCCUUAUCGACUUCUACAGGAAAAAGGCAGAGCUUUCUAAGUAAUCAACCUCCUAAAGCAUUAGGGUUUUAGCUGAAACCAGCAGAAUUGAACACUCUGGCAAUAAAACACAGAUUCAACUAUAUCCCUUCUGGCAAUUUCCUUCUCAGAGAGGGGAGUGGGAAUAAAAUGUUGCCUUCCCCACUUCUCACCUCCACCACCGUCAUGACACUCCUAAUGGCUUUUGCCAGUUUAUUAAGAGAAAGGUGGACUGGUUUUAGUACUCUGAAGAAAAAAAAAAAACUGCAGCAUUUCAGGUGCAGUAUGAUAUUUCCUAAUCUUUCCUAUUUCUUAACAAAAGAUUUUAAAAGUACUUCUCUAGUCAUUGAAGUUUUGUUUUUCUUUACAUAAAUAUUGAUAUAUUCUUUUUCUACUCCAAGUGCCAAAGGCUACAGUUUUUAAUGACUUAACAAAUUGUACCACAUUGUUAAGGAAAUAUAAUGAUAGUCGUUAGAACUCAGACCUCUGCAUGUAUAUUUGAUAACACAUCUUUUGUAAAAAAAUUACAAAAAAAUUUGUUUACAUUCCACUGGUACCUUAAUUUAAAAUAAAUGAGACUAACAGGUGGUGUCUCUUCUUAGUGUUCUAUGGAUCUUAUUUGCUAAUGAGAGCACUUCUUCCUUUGUUAGGCUGUGCUUUACUGAUAAAACCAAGUAUUGAAUAAAGAGAGUUAAUUAUCUUUUUAAAGUAAAUAAAAUUAUGAAAAUAUAUAUGACAUAUAUAAAGUAUUGUGUUUAAUAAAAUGUUAUGCAAUGUUUUCCAAACUUAUAAAGUUUGUAAAGUGCUAUAAUGUAUUUUGUUAAGUACAGAUCAAAGCUAUUGUGUGAGUAUAUUGUGCUAACAUCAUAGAAAUAAAGAGUAGAUAUCUUCAUCAA